AUGCCCAGUAAAGACCCAGAGAGUGUUAUAGAUAAAGAAAUACGGAAGAUAUCAGCAAGGAAUGAUGAGCUUAUUAAACAGGAUGGUACGCUAAAGAGGGAAUAUACUACAUUAUUAAGGAAGGUAUCGAGCGUGAUAACGGUGCUGAACAGUAUUGAUGCUGAUUCUGGUUCCACUGAUACAAAAGUCCCACGCUUAAUAUCUCAGGCGACAGUAGAGAAAGUAUCCGAAUUGAAGUGGUACAAUGAUCAAAUAUCGUCGAUUGCCGAAAAGUUAGAGAACAAGGAGGAUAUUGAGAUUCCGGAGGAGCUGACAGAUGCUUUUGCUCUUUACAAGGAAACGCCACUAUUAUAUAACGAUACCCACAUGCCGUAA